CUCUAUCACGCCGACAGGUUCUUCAUCGCCAGGUUUGUUGGCCGACCACCCCGACGGAUGGCCGCCCCCACCGGCCCUCUGCGUGGCCCCCCUCGCCCGGCCGUCGUGGAACUGAGACCACAGUGUGGGUGCCUUGUUCUUGCUCUUGCUCACGGGGGUGGGCAGGCGGCCCAGCUGGUAGAGCAGGUGCCUGCACUCGUUCUGGCCCAGGCACAGGCCGAGUGCGAACCACACGGCCGAUGGGUGGGCGACGUCGGUGCGCUCGAGGAUGCGGGCGAUCUUGUCACGGUGGCAGCAGUAGUAGCACAGGAGGAUGAAAUGGUACACCUCAGUGGGCGACGAGGCGCCGGGGAUCUGGAGGUGGAUGUCCUGGUAGGUCACCCGGGCCAGCACCUGCCAGUAGUGCGAGAGGCCCUCGCUCAGCGCCGUCGCCAUGCACCACUCCUUGUCCUUGCUGUCCUCCCCAGCCCCGCCCUCGUUGACACUCGAUCGAGAAGACGAGAGCGGCGACAGACACACGAGCGAUGACGGGUCGGUGGCCUCGUCCAACGCCACAGUCAUGACGUCCUCCUCGUGCUCCAGCGGCGCGUGCGGCGAGGGGGACGACCGCGACGACGGUGAUGCAACACACGGAUGCUGCUGCUGCUGCUGGGGUGUGAGCUGCAGGUCCAGCCCCAGCUGUGAGCACGCCUUGAGCAGCGUCUCGAACAGGCCCUCAGGGAAGUAGUCGUGCGACUUGACCGGCACCGUCUCAGCGUCGAUGGAUGGCACCAGCUUCAUCGCCUCCCCGCUGCUGUCCGCCCCGUCAGCCCUGGGGGGGCCCGUUGCGGAUGCGUCGAUUGGUCUGAAUGGUAGGGGCAGGGUGUGGGGGAAGGCUCCUCUCCACUGUGAGGGCAGGGGCACCCCCCUGUCGCUGUGUUGCCCGCCGGAGGGGCGGUAGCGGGUGGAGAAGGCCAGCGCCAAGGCAGUGGGGAAGACCUCCUGCUCAAGCUCCAUGCUCAUGGCCAGCGGCAGGCUGUCGAGCGGGACAUCGAUACCACCAUCCGCACCGACCUCACCCGCACCAGCCGUCGCUGCCGCCUCUCCGUGCUCCUCCUCGUUGGCCAUGGCGGCGACGUCAGACAU